CGUGUGUGACUGCAGUGCAGGACCGGGAAGUGGAAAACCGUUGCACAAUUUUCCCCGUGACUCAAAAAGGCAGAAAGUAUUGAAGCAGAAGGCCAAGAGACAAAACUGGACGACUAAUAAUUACUCAAUAUUGUGUGAGGCGCUCUGAGUGAACCCUUUUGCAAAGACGGGGAUACUCCAGUGAACAUCUCGUACAACAACGAGACAGAUGGAUUUAGUGUCUACAUAUCCACGUGUGAACUGAAAGUCACUAACAACCUGCAAAAUUUCACCUGCCGUUGGAUGGGGAGGCCAUGUUAUGCCCAGUGUUCCGGUGGGAAUGCGUCUCUGGUGAACCUGACUGACCCCAACUAUGUGUGUCAUCAUAACAAAUGCGCAAGCUUCUACUUACAUGGCUCAAACCUGUCCUGUUUCACCAUCAUGUGCACCGAAGAGAACAUUAUUGCAUUUCUACAUGAAAAUGACAAUCAAAAUGCAACAGUUGAAGACCUGAAAAGAACUCUGAAUGUAAAAAGGAUUUGCUCCAAUAACUUUGAUGAGAUGAAGUUAGUGGACUUCUACACUGGUGUGGAAAACCACAUCAUUCAUAAUGUCAUCAGGGACACGUUGAUAACUACUUCUCCCGUGGAGCACGACUUGGUGGAUAUAGUCAUGACCAUUACUAGAGUGAACGGCAGCACACAAGACAACUUCAUCAAUGCAACAUCUCAAAUGGUGGUCCCAGGUCACAACCCUGUGGAGACGUUGAUUCCUCUGGAAGCCUUUCAGAACACCUCUGAGGACAGACAGAAAGCUGCAGUGGUGCACUAUGCAUCUCCACAGCAGUUCACGGUUAGUCAGGAUGUUGACUUGGUGUCCAGCGUGGUUCGAGUGGAACUGCUGGACAAGCCUCCCACACCACUGAAGACCCUGCUAAGCAUGACCUUCACUGUGGAUGUAUGUGACUGGGUGGAACCAAACAAUUACUCUAAAGAAUUAAAUACAACAUAUAAUUUAUCCUGUCAGUAUUAUGAUGAGCUUACUCGUCAAACUGGCUUGCGGUGGAGCAGUCGUGGUUGUGAGAUGAAGAUUCUAAACAGUGAGAAUCACAGCAGUCUGCUGGUGCAGUGCCAGUGUGAUCACAUGACUCCCUUCGCCGUGCUCCUGAUCCCAGGCCUGGAGGAGCAUUUGGGAGAGCACUGGAGCAUCCUCUCCUACCUCAGCUACAUCGGCUGUGGCCUCUCGGCUUUCUUCUGCUCCAUCUCCAUCUUCACCUACUUCAUCCUCAGGAAGUCCUGGAAGGACACUUCUUCUGAGAUACACAUCUCUCUGAGUGGAGCCCUGCUCCUGCUGAACUUCACCUUCCUGAUGAACCAAUGGGCAGCCCACCAGAACCCCGUGGCUGUGUGUGUGUGUGUGGCCGUGGUCAUCGAGUACGCUCUGCUCUGCUCCUUCACCUGGAUGGCCAUCGAGGCGUUACACCUCUACCUGAUGCUGAUCCGCGUCUUCAACGUGUACUACGCACGCUACAUGCUCAAACUCUCUCUCAUUGGCUGGGGUGUCCCUGCUGUGGUGGUCGGCCUGUCCAUGGUGGUGAAACUGGACGAUGGUUCUAUUGCCUAUGGUCUUGUGGGCACCGAGGACUCUACCAAUAAAUACUGUUGGAUCAGAAGUAAGGUGUUUGCGUAUACGCUGAACCUGACGUUCUUCAGCCUGGUGUUCCUGAUGAACACUGGUGUGCUGGUGAUAGUGAGUUGGCGUAUCCUGCGUCUCCAGCGCGGGGGUGGUGUGGCGGGCGCCGGGGCAGGAGCGGGCACAGGGCUGUCCUGCGGGAGUGUGCUCAUCGUGCUGGGUCUGACCUGCCUGCUGGGCUCCAGUUGGGGACUGGCCUUCCUCUCCUACGGACACACCAACCUGGUCGCCCUCUACCUCUUCUGCAUCCUCAACUCACUGCAGGGCUUGUUCUUGUUCCUGUGGGUGUAUGGGACGGGGAGGAAGAGGAGGCGUGAGCAGCAGGGGGCCUCCAGCUCCAGCUCCUCCAACAAGACCCAGGAGCAGCUCUACCCUGGAGCACAGCACCACUCCUAACACACACACACACACACACACACACACACACACAAGACCCAGGAGCAGCUCUACCCUGGAGCACAGCACCACUCCUAACACACACACACACACACACACACACACACACACACACACAGACCCAGGAGCAGCUCUACCCUGGAGCACAGCACCACUGCUAACACACACACACGACCCAGGAGCAGCUCUACCCUGGAGCACAGCACCACUCCUAACACACACACACACACAAGACCCAGGAGCAGCUCUACCCUGGAGCACAGCACCACUCCUAACACACACACACACACACAAGACCCAGGAGCAGCUCUACCCUGGAGCACAGCACCACUCCUAACACACACACACACACA